ACUUUUUAGCCCAAAUAAGUCCAAACCGAACGAAUUAAAAUAGAUUGAGGUAAUAAACGAAGGGGUCAUUAACCUAACCAAACUUUUCUAGUCAUGUUUCAUAGCUAAGUUGGCGCCCAUAUACUUAGCUAUACUCUAUGUUCUUCCCUUUCAAAACUAUAAAUACAUACUCCCAACAAGAAAGGACAUGUCAUACCAAACAAUCAAAAAAAAUAAAGUAAAAUGAAGCCUCUUUCCUCUUUCUUCCCUCCUCUUUCCCUAUUUCUCUCCUUAUUUUUCCUAACAUUCCAUGGCUCAACAGGCCAGAAUUUAAUAGAAAACACUUGCAAAACAUGUUCAAAAGACGAUCCAAAUAUUAAGUAUGAUUUUUGCACUUCAUCUCUACAAGCUGCUCCUGCCAGUGAAUGUGCUUCUCUUCGUGGACUGGGGAUGAUAUCGAUUAGGCUAAUUCGAUACAACCUUACUGAUACGAGAUGUCACGUUAAGAAACUAUUGAAGGAAAAGAAUUUGGAUCCUUAUGUAAAGAGAUGCUUAAAGGAUUGUUUGGAGCUUUAUUCAGACGCAAUCCCAACUAUCAAGCUUGCUAUGAAGAGUUACAACGCGAAGAAAUAUUAUGAUGCCAACAUACAAAUAAGUUCAGUUAUGGAUGCCCCUACGACAUGUGAAGAUGGAUUUAAGGAGAAAGAAGGUGUUGUGUCACCAUUAACAAAGAGAAAUGAUAUUACUUUCCAACUGUCUGCAGUGGCUCUUUCUGUUAUGAAUCUUGUUAAGAAUAAUGGGUAAAUUGAUCAAAGAUAUUCCUUCUUAAUUUUGAAUGUUGAUAUUCAUGUAUGUCGAUUAAUUAUAUUAUUAAGUCGGUAGUUUCUUUUUUAA